CCAAUAAUCCAUUACUUCCGUCCCUUUAUCUGUAUGUAAAAUUAUAGCCUGAUCGAUUCGCCCCUCCUCUCUACAGUCUAAUCGUAUUUCGUUUCGUUUGAUGUUUUCAAGAAUUUGUUACCUUUAGAUUGAAGAUUCCGGAGAUAUCCGACAUCGGUUAAGCAAUAUGGAUCCAAUGGACAUUGUUGGAAAGACAAAAGAAGACGCUUCACUUCCCAAAGCUACCAUGACUAAGAUUAUCAAGGAGAUGCUGCCGCCUGAUGUUCGUGUAGCAAGAGAUGCUCAAGAUCUUCUAAUUGAAUGUUGUGUAGAGUUUAUAAACCUCAUAUCAUCAGAGUCCAAUGAAGUCUGUAACAGAGAUGAUAGAAGAACAAUCGCACCAGAGCAUGUACUGAAGGCUUUAGAGGUUCUGGGCUUUGGGGAUUACAUUGAAGAUGUUUAUGCUGCCUAUGAGCAACACAGGCUUGAAACAAUGCAAGAUACGCUAAAAAGUGGAAAAUAUAACAACGGUGCAGAAAUGACAGAGGAAGAAGCAUUGGCUGAGCAACAGAGGAUGUUUGCAGAGGCACGAGCAAGAAUGAACAGUGGUGUGGCAAUCCCUAAACAAUCAGUAGAAGCAGAAGCUGCUGUUGUCCCUCAACAACAAACAGAUGAUGCUGCCCUAGCGGUCCUAGCUGCCUCAAAUGCUGCCCCAAAUGUUGUAGAAGAAACAAAGGAAAGCUUGUUUUAGCUUAUAACCAGCCCCGACUCUCAUGCAACCUGUUGAAUAAUAUGAUUAGGCUAGGAUCUAAUUAGUCUACCUUAGACUGUUGUUUAAUUAAAUGCACAUAUUCCAUUCUCUUACAUGUGUAAAUGAGAAAGCUGUUUGUUAUUACCACUCAGCUAUUGGUGUUUAAUUUCUAUCUUGCAUUUGAAUGAUGGUGUUAUUUUAUAUAAUUGGUUUAAAUGUCACAUGUUGUUUUGGAUAACU